UGAAAUUUUGUGUGUGUGUGUGUGUGUGACUUUUGUUACAAAGUUGUCUGUGUGGUUUCCGUGUCCACGAUGAUUUUGUGACUUUCGUGGUUUCGUGUCCUUUGUGACUUGUUAGAAAGUUAUCCGAUAGAGAGAGAGAGAGAGAGAGAGCUAUGGCGAAGCGAGAGAGCAAAGUGGCUGUAGUUACAGGAAGUAACAAGGGGAUUGGUUUCGAGAUUGUGAGGCAGCUCGCGAGCAAGGGAUUCACGACCGUUCUCACGGCCCGUGACGCAAAGAGAGGAAUUGAUGCGUUGGAGCGGCUCAAAUCGCAAGGCCUGGAAGCCGAAUUCCAUCAGCUGGACGUCUCGAGCUCGCAAUCCGUGUCCGCUAUGGCCGCUUGGCUCCAGCAAAAGUUUGGCGCCAUAGAUAUCCUGGUGAAUAAUGCGGGGAUCAAGUCCAAGGGCUUUGAGAACGAAGUGGAAGGAGCCCAAGCACUUUUUGAGACGAAUUACUAUGGUGCCAAGCGGAUGGCUCAAGCGGUCCUCCCGAUAAUCAAGCCUGGAGGCCGGAUUAUCAACAUAAGCUCCCGCCUCGGCCAGCUUAACAAUGACUUUCUUCCUCUCAAGAAUGAGUUUCAAGUGGCAAAGUUCUCUGAUGCGGAACAUCUCAGCGAGCAAGUGAUUGACUUGUGCUUGCAAGAGUUUCGGGGUGCUGUUGAGAGAGGAAAGGUGGUGGAGGAAGGCUACCCAAACAUGGACGCGGAUUACUGCAUGUCCAAGUUUGCGCUCAACGCCUACACCAGGAUUCUCGCACAGAAGCUGCAAAACAACAAGAUUAGUGUCAACUCGGUGUGCCCAGGAUAUACAAAAACGGACUUGACUGGCGGUGAAGGCCAUUUUACAGCUGAACAAGGGGCAGACACCCCGGUUUGGCUUGCAACGCUUGAAGCUGAGGAUUAUCCCUCGGGAAAGUUUUUCGCGGAGCGAAAAGAGAUACACUUUUGACUUGAUACACAAUGACCUUUAAAGUUAUUAGAACCUAACUGUUACGAUAAUUUAUUAAAGGUAAGAGUGUUUAGGAUGUAGGGUUUGGAAUGUGCGCUUUCUUCCUCUCCAAAUCCAAGCAAUGCCGCUCUUUUCCUGUU